CUCAAGGUGCUCUUCACCCCCAUGGUCUGCCGGGUGCAUUGCCGCGAGGGGCAUUGCACCAACCGGUGUGAGCGUGGCAAUGCCACUGCGCUGUACAGUGGGGAAAAUGCCCGCCCGGCUGAGGGGGCUCCCGGAUUCCGUGUCUUCUUAUGCCCCCUCAUCUGCCAAAAUGGGGGGGUCUGUUUGAAAAAGGACAAAUGUCUCUGCCCUCCCACCUGGACCGGCAAGUUCUGCCACAUCCCAGCGCCCCCUCACUCCCAGAACCAGGCCCCCACCCGCCGAGGAGCAGAUGAGGAGUCUCCAUCCGAAAGGGGAGCACAGCGUGCGACCAAGUCCAUGUACACACUGCCGAUCGCCAACCAUCACCAGGAACGUGACGGUGUGGCCUCAAUGGUGAACGUCCACGUCGAGCACCCCCUGGAGGCAUCGGUCACCAUCCACCAGGUGGAGCGGGUGAAGGAUGAGGAGCUGCCCCCCAGAGACACCAACGCCCUCCCGGUUUCUCGUCCCGCGCUCUACAGUGUCCUGGCCCAAAGCAGCUCUCGGGACCCCGGUGGCUACAGCGAGGACUCUGGAUUUGGCUAUUGCUUCAGGCACCUGCGGGGUGGAGAGUGCAGCGCCCCCCUGCCUGGCUUGCGCACCCGGGAGAUCUGCUGCCGUGGGAAUGGCCUUGCCUGGGGUGUCCACGAUUGCCAGCCAUGCAGCACCAGCGACGGAGGGGACACCGGUGCAGUGGGGCGGAACGAGGUGGCCUGCCCCAAGGGCUUCCGGCGGCAGAACGGCUCCUGCGUGGAUGUAGACGAAUGUCAGGAGAGACGCUACUGCCACAACGGGGGCUGCACCAACACACGGGGCAGCUUCACCUGCAUUUGCCAUGAGGGCUACAUCCUGGACUCUUCCCGAAGCAGCUGCAUCUCCCACCACGUCAUCUCAGAAUCCAAAGGUCCCUGCUUCCGGGUGCUGCGGGAUGGGGGCUGCUCCCUCCCCAUACUCCGCAACAUCACCAAACAGAUCUGCUGCUGCAGCCGCGUGGGCAAGGCCUGGGGGCACGGCUGUGAAGGGUGCCCGCCUUUUGGCUCAGAUGGAUUCAAGGAAAUCUGCCCAGCGGGUCCUGGAUACCAUUACUCGGCCUCUGACCUCCGCUUCGACACACGCUACCUGGGUCAGGACCUGCCCCGAGUGCCCAUCAUCCACCAGCCUGGUGGGCGGGAGCCUGCUGCAAGGCUGCCCCCGACGACCACGGCCCCCGCCACCCGGCGCUGGAGCCCCUCUCCCACUGUCCCGCUGGAGCGCCAACUCUUUUGGGGAAUGCUCACUCAGCCUCCUGAAGCAGCUGCACCAGAGGCUGGGCAAAGUAUUUGCGAGCGGCGCCCACAGGUGUGUGGUCCGGGACGUUGCAUUCCCCGUCAGGGGGGCUACACGUGUGUGUGUGACCGCGGCUAUUGGCUGAGCCCACAGGGCACCCACUGCAUCGACGUGGAUGAGUGUCGGCGGAGCCCCCGCCCUUGUGCCAACGGGUACUGCGAGAACUCGAGGGGCAGCUAUAGCUGCAGGUGCCGGGCUGGCUACCAGUCUGACCCGUCCAGAACAGAGUGCCAUGACAUUGACGAGUGUGUGAAGCUCCCCCAACCCUGUGCCAACGGGCAGUGCCUCAAUACCAUUGGCUCCUUCCGCUGCGCAUGUCCUCCCGGCUACCGACCUGACCCAGCGGGCCUUGAGUGCCAAGAUGUGGACGAGUGCCGGGAGAGCCCCCCCAUCUGCCAACCAGGUCGCUGUGAGAAUGUGCCGGGGGGGUACCGAUGCACCUGUCCCAUUGGCUACCAGGCCAGCCCCCUCGGGACCCGUUGUGUGGAUGUGGAUGAAUGCCAGCAAGAGCCCCCACCCUGCGGCUCUGGGCGCUGUGAGAAUGCCCCUGGUGGGUACCGCUGCCUUUGCCCCACAGGAUUCCGAGCCAGCCUGACUGAGAACCAGUGCCUGGACAUUGAUGAGUGCUCGGCACAGUCGCCUUGCGGCCCCCAUGGGCGCUGCACCAAUACAGAGGGCUCGUUCCACUGCCAGUGUGGGCAGGGGUAUCGGACGGAGGGUACAGAAGGCCCCUGCAUGGAUAUCAACGAAUGCUUGGAGGGGGACUUCUGCUUCCCACGGGGGGAGUGCCUCAACACAGAUGGCUCCUACACCUGCCUGUGUGCCCAGGGCUUUGCCACUGGCCCCAGUGGGGCCUCCUGUGUUGAUAUCGAUGAAUGCCAGAGCAGUGCUGUGUGUGCCGGUGGACGGUGUGCCAACUCAGAGGGCUCGUUCAAUUGCUACUGCCCGCCUGGCACACGGAGCAGCCCCAACAAGGCCUCCUGUGAUGACAUUGAUGAGUGCCAGGAGUACGGGGCAGCCCUCUGUGGAAGUCAGCGCUGUGAGAACUCUCCUGGCUCUUACCGCUGCGUGGCGGAGUGCCAGGGGGGCUACCGAGUGCGCGCCAGCGGGGACUGUGUGGACAUUGACGAGUGCCAGGAGUAUGGGGCCCGGGUGUGUGGGGACAAGCGCUGUGAGAACACUCCGGGGUCCUACCAGUGUGUGGCCAGCUGCCAGUCAGGAUACCAGGCCACUGCAGCCGGGGACUGUAUGGAUGUGGACGAGUGUCGGAACGUCUCGCUGUGUGGUGCCCACGCCGUCUGCCACAACCUGCCCGGCUCCUUCCAGUGCAUCUGUGACCAAGGCUACGAAAGUGCCAGAGAUGGCCACCAUUGCCUGGACGUGAACGAGUGUGAGACGCUGCAGGGCGUCUGCGGAGCAGCCCCCUGCGAGAACGUGGAGGGCUCCUUUCUCUGCAUUUGCCCCGGAGCUGCGGAGGAGUUUGAUCCCAUGACCGGACGCUGCCUCCGUCCGCCGGGAGCCGCAGCGCGGCCCCCGGCCUUCCCCAGGCGCACGGAGGCUUCCCUCCCGGAGUCCCAGCCCUCUGGGGCCAGCCAGGGCCCCCGGCGCGAGUGCUACUAUGACCCCGACGCAGCGCAGGCCUGCGAGAACGUGUUGGCCUGGAACGCUACCCGCCAGGAGUGCUGCUGCAGCCUGGGCCACGGCUGGGGCCUCGACUGCCACAUCCAGGAGUGCCCGCCCCCGGGCUCAGCCGAGUUCCACACCCUGUGCCCUCGUGGGAGCGGCUUCGCUGCUGCAGGCCCCGGCUCGGCCACCUCUGCCCUCACAGAUGUAGAUGAGUGUUCCCUCUUCAGCUCCCAGGUGUGCAAGGGCGGGGUCUGCGUGAACCAGGUGCCCGGCUACUCCUGCUACUGCCCCAGCGGCUACUACUAUGAGACCCAGCACCUGGAGUGCAUUGAUAACGAUGAGUGCCUGGAUGAGGAGGCAGAGCCUUGUGUUGGAGGCCACUGCAUCAACACCAUCGGCUCCUACUACUGCUCCUGCGCCCCUCCCCUGGUCCUGGAUGCCUCCCAGCACCGUUGCGUGGCCAACGACAGCCAAGAUGCCAACCUGGCCAUGUGCUGGCAGGAAGUGGGGCCGGACCUGGUGUGCAGCCGCCCGCGCCUCGACCGCCAGGUGACCUACACAGAGUGUUGCUGCCUCUACGGGGAGGCCUGGAGCAUGGACUGCGCCCUGUGCCCGGCCCGUGACUCAGAGGACUUUGAGGCCAUGUGCAACGUCCUUCGUCCCCCCAGCUACGGGCCAGUGCGUCCGGCGGGGCUGCCCUUUGAGUAUGGGGGCGGAGAAUUCGUGCCCUACGGCCCAGAGAUAUUUGCGCCUCCGGCCCGUCCGGCCCCACGGCUCCCCGACUAUGACCCCUACCCACGGGACUCCCUCUACGGCCCAUCCCCCUACGAGGCCAGUGACUUUGAGGACCCCUCCUAUGGUGACGUGCGGCAGGAGGGAGGAUACCCGGCCCGCAGCCCCCUGGAGCCUGAAUGGCACUAUCCGCUACGUGGCAGCAGCAGCAGAGGCGGGGGCUCCUACUCGGAGCGGCCAGGCAGGGCCAGUGAGGACUACCGCCGUUCUGAGGAAUUUGCAGCACCCCAUGCAGAAGAAUGUGGCAUUCUGAGCGGCUGCGAGAACGGGGACUGUGUGCGCGUUGACGACGGGUUCACCUGCCUCUGCCACGAGGGAUACCGCCUGGACCCCACCCGCAUGGCUUGCCUUGAUAUCGACGAAUGCAUCGAGGUGGAGGGACUUUGCCUGGGCGGUGAAUGCUUCAACAUGGAUGGCUUCUACCGCUGUCUGUGCCCACGUGGCACCAUGCCCGCUGGGCAGCCCCCCCAUUGUGUCUCUGCCCCUCGCAGUCGAGGCUGAGCUGGGAAGGGAAGCCGAGUAUUUAUUACCUGUAU